CACUCUCUCUUGUUCCUUUUGAUUACGACCAUCUUCACCUUCUAUAUAUAUGUUCUCCACUACACUUCUCUUCUUUAGCUCUCUUUGAUUUGUUAAAGCUUAGGGAGAUAUGGGUGAGGUAGCUCUCUCAAAUGGGCAGAGCCAUUCUAUGAAUGGUUACAGGAAGAGUUGUUGGUAUGAAGAAGAGAUUGAAGACAACUUAAGAUGGUGCUUUGCUCUUAAUAGUAUAUUGCAUACAGGAACUAGCCAAUACCAAGACAUUGCACUAUUGGACACUAAGCCCUUUGGAAAGGCAUUGGUAAUUGAUGGGAAGCUUCAAAGUGCUGAGACAGAUGAAUUCAUCUACCAUGAAUGUCUUGUUCAUCCACCACUCCUUCACCAUCCUAACCCAAAGAAUGUUUUUAUUAUGGGGGGAGGAGAGGGAUCCACUGCAAGGGAAUUGCUCAGGCAUAAUACCAUUGACACAGUUAUAAUGUGUGAUAUAGAUGAGGAGGUGGUAGACUUCUGCAAAUCAUACUUAGUGGCAAACAGGGAAGCAUUCCAUGAUCCGAGACUUAAGGUCAUCAUCAAUGAUGCCAGGGCCGAGCUAGAAAGCAGAGAAGAGAGGUAUGAUGUGAUAAUUGGGGACUUGGCAGACCCAAUUGAUGGAGGCCCUUGUUAUAAACUCUACACCAAGUCCUUCUAUGAUUGCACUGUCAAGCCUAGACUGAAGCAGGGUGGCAUAUUUGUAACACAGGCAGGACCAGCUGGAAUAUUCAGCCACACUGAGGUGUUUUCAUCUAUCUACAACACCUUGAGACAGGUUUUUAAGUAUGUUGUGCCUUAUUCAGCUCACAUACCAUCCUAUGCUGAUAUUUGGGGCUGGGUCAUGGCCUCAGAUUCUCCAAUAGAUCUGAGUGUGGAAGAGCUAGACAACAGAAUGAGACAAAGAAUUAAAGGGGAAAAUAGAUAUCUGGACGGCAGAACAUUCUCUUCAGCAUCAACAUUGAGCAAAGUUGUUCGUAAAUCGUUGGACAAUGAAACUCAUGUAUAUACAGAGGAAGCUGCAAGGUUCAUACAUGGCCAUGGCAAGCAAGCUUAAUUAACCAAGCUUGACAAGUAUCACAACACAUAAAGAAAAGGAAGAUAAGACACAACGCAAGUGAAAAGACUCUGAGUUUUUCUUUGAUUCUAUGUAUUUUCUUUUUGUUAGCUUCUUUUUCCUUUUGGUGUGUAGUUCCCCAAAAAGGCUCAUAUAUAUUUAUAUAUGAAUGAGCGAAAAGUGGUUUCUAUUUUGUGCUUUUGUGUAUGAGCAUGUCAACGAUUAUGCUAAUACUCUAAAUGCAAAAAA